AUGCUGGCUUUCAACAUGGCACAAGUUUGUAUGGCUUCUGGAAACAAUGUUACUGUGAGUUUUUUUUUAGUUUUGUUCUUGUGUUUUUAGGUAAUAAAUGGAUCAAUAUUAUCUUUUUGACAUCUUUGAAGGUUGAUAAAACUUAAAAAAAAAGAUUGUCACCUGUUGUUGUAAAGAUGACAAUUUUUCAAUCUAAAACAACAUUGAGCUGUGUGCUAAAAUUAAAGACAGUAAAGUUACCACAACUGUUUUAUAUAAUAUUUAGACUAUAGGGAACCUUUUUUAAUUAUAAAUUUUUCGAUUGUCUUAGACUAUAUUUAACUUACAAUUCGGCACCGUUUUUUUGUAUUUUAGCCAUUUAUUCAAUGGCUUCCCCUAAAUUUUUUGGAAAUAAACUUCCCAGGUUCGAAUCCGCUUGGAUGCAAAUGCCGUUUUUGAUCUAUAACUAACUUCAAAGUAUCGCAAUAUUAUUAAAAUGAUAUUAAAAAUGUAAAAUACGAGAAACUCAAUAAUGUUUUCAUUUCCAGAAACUGAAUACAUUUCCAUCGAUAGACUACACGCCUCGUGAAGUGUCGUACAUCAAUUGGGCUGUUGGUUUUGGGACGAUUUCAGCGACGUUUCCCUUCAGUUCUUUUUAUAACAAAUAUGGAGCGAAAUGGCCAUUCUUUACCGCUGGCAUUUUGUCAGCAUUGGCCACAGCUUUCAUGCCACAAGCAGCUGAAUACCAUAUUUAUGUGCUUUUGGCGUUACGGUUUGUUCAGGUGAGGAUAACAUAAUAUUGACAAGGCAAUUUGAAAUUUAAAAAAAUUUUGAAUGAAAUUAUUAAAAAUGUCUUUUAGGUUUUUAAAAACUCCAUAAGGAUGUUUCGAAGCUUUUUUUGACUAUUUUUGUCCAUUUAUCGCUCUGCAGCCUGCGCGAGCUAUUUUAUACGAUGAAACAUGUCCGUUUAAAAAACGCAAAAUUGCCAGAGGAUUAAGACUUUAAUUAAAAUUAUCCUCUAAUAUCAAAGAUGUACUGAUACGAUGAUUUCGAAUAACUUUUUUUAAAAUUUUUAAAAGAACUUUAUAUUACACUACUUUCUAGGGUAUUGCCUACGCUGCAGACUUCGCCGCGGUCGGUGUUCUAUGUUCUAAAUGGGCUUCAUUGAAACAAAAUGGGCUUUUCAUAUCUGUAUUGACAUUCUACUCACCAUUAUCGUCAUUUUUCACUAAUUCUUUCGGAGGAAUGGUAAUAUUUAUAUUGCACUUGAUAGCAUGUAUAAUAUUAACCUACAAUUUGAUGUAAAAGCUAAAAUACAGUAUUACAAAUUAUAAUUUUUAGAUAUGUGACUCUUCAUUUGGUUGGCCAAUGGUAUUUUAUUCACAUGCUAUUGCUGGUUUAGUCGUUUUUACAUUAUGGGUCGUUUUCUACAAGGAUCGACCUCAAAGAAGUCCAAGAGUGUCGGAUAUUGAGCUGGAGAAGAUUCAAAGGGACAAAAGUGAUGCACAAAUUGCUGGUGGACAUGAAAUACCAUAUAGAGUAUGUCAUUUGUUUUUUUUUGCUUUUAGGGUUGAAACGGUUUGGAAAAGGAGCAUACUACAACAUCAGGUGAUGUCAAGUUUAAAGCUUUGUUUUUCGAAACCUGCCAAACCAAAUUAGAUGUGUUAUAUCAUAAAUUAAAGCUUAUUCUUUUAACUAUCUUUUGCACGUAAAAUUAAUUUGUCAAAAAGAAUAGUAUUUUGUAAACAUUAUAUUUAAAGUAACCUUCUACAAUAUCGGCUGAUGUUGAAGUUUAAUUCUUUGUUUCUCGAAAAAUGGCAAAUUAAUGUGACGUGUUAUACCCCAAAUGAAAGCCUAUCCUUUUAGCUAUCAAACGUAUACAAUCUUUUAAAACUAAAACUUUAAUCUAUAUUGUUUUAGGCGCUUCUAACAGACCCAGUAAUAAUAAUCGUUUGGUUGAACGCCUUCACGGACAUUUUCUCCGCCAAUUUCUUGGCGAUUUAUUCGCCGUACUAUAUUCGAAACGUGCUUCAUUACAGUAUUAAGAAGACUGGACAUUUUGCAGCGAUUUCGAGGGUUAUUCAAAUCCCAUUUCGACUUCUUUGUGGGUAUUUGAGUGACAAAAUUAAGUAAGUUAGGGUUUUUUAAAAUUUUUUUAGUAGAAUUUUUAUAAAAAAAAACAGUUUUUCAAAUUUUUUCAUGAGAAAAUUGAGUAUUCCAGCAAAUUUGAUCCUUUUGUACUCCUUGUAUGGUUCGGCAGGCUGCGCGAACUAUUUUAUACGAUGAAACAUGUCCGCGGCAAAUAGACUAAAAGACAGUGAUAAUUUAGUUUACUGGGGCUAUAAAUACCGUGAAAAUGCUAAUUUUUGUUACUUUUCUGUACUAUAAAAUUCAAAAUUUUAGAUUUAUACCCGAAAACACCAAGUUGAUAGUGUUCAACACGAUAGCGGUUGCUUUUGCCGGAAUUUUUUACCUUUUGGUUGGCCUAGUACCCGCGGAUGCACCAAUAUGGGGAAUCGUACUAUUCGCUAUGAUCAAUUUGGUUAUUGGUGCCGCACCAGGAGGGUUUUAUAAGUGUGGCGUGCUUCAUGGCAGGUAGGGUAAUAUGAUACUAUGUGCUUAAAUCAGCUUUUAGAUUUAUUAUCGACUACUAUUAGUUUACUGUAACAAAAUUUAUUAGCAGCAAAGUUUUUGGGAUCACUUCCCACAAUAUGUUUUUAAUGGAAGACUGAUGAUUUUACAAAAUAGAAAAACAGUUAAAAGUUAGACAAAGACUAUUUGGACAAUUUUCUUUGUCUUCAAUCUUACGAAAAUAUGUUGAUUUGUUAACUUGUUUUUAAUCGCUUUUGCGACAACUAUAGCAGGAUGAGAUUUUUAAAAUUUUGAAUUUUUUGUUUUAAAUGGAAUAAAAAGUACAGUAGUACCAUUAUUUCAAGUUUUAUGAUCUUACUUUGGCAGUUCUGGGCUUUUUUUCAGCCUCGCAGCCUGCGCGGCCCAAGUUAUACCAUGAAACAUGUCCGCAGUGAAAUUUUUAAAAAUAUGAAAACAAAAUGCGAAAAGUAGAUAUAGAAAUGUCAUUUUUGAUUAAUUUAAAAAAAUUAAUUUUUCAGGCAGUACAGUCACUUUAUCAUAGCCAACUGUCAAUUCAUCAAGUGUAUCACUUUGUUCUUAGGCCCAGCAAUGGUGGCAUUCUUUGUGAAGGAUGAAAGUAAUGCGGGACAGUGGUUCAACAUCUUCCUGAUUACUGGAAUUUCAUUAAUUUCGGUAAGUUGAACGACGAAAUUGCGAAAACUUUGUUUACAGCGAGAUUUUUGGGGAAAUAGUCGAUUUUUUAGUGGUUUUUGAAGUUUUUUUGGGCUAAAACAACAUGAUAAGGGCUGGAAUUGUACUGACAGUAUUUUAGAGGGAUUGUAGAUGAAGUUUUACGUAGAUAGUCAUGUUAAAAAUGGCAAAAACGUUGUUUACAAGGCUGUUUUUGGACGAAAUAAUGAAUUUUAAGGUGGUUUUGACAGGUUUUUUUUUGUAUAAAAGUGCCAUUUUAGAGCAUUAGGUGUACUGAUAGAUGUUUAAUAUGAUAGUAUAUAGAUUUUCACAGCAUUAGAAUUAAUCAAAAAUGGCAAAAAGUUCUAGUUGAAGAUUAAAAAAUUGCGAAAAAUGGGGAGAAAAAGCCGAAAAGGGAAUGGUACAAAAUUUUGAUAGUUGAUAUUACAACAUGUCCAUUGCCAAGUAAAAAAUGACUUAUGACAUAUGAAAAAGCAUAAAAAGUUGUAUUACAAUCAACGUUCAAAAACUUUCAUUUUCGCUUGGCUAGCGAGCUACGAGUCCUACAAAACUGGUUUGUGGAAAAAUUUGAUAAAAAUUGGCUAUAAAGCAGACUUUUUUAGUGUAAAAUACGAAAAUAAGAUUGUAUUUUUUGAUACUACCAUAAUGGUAAGAAUCUCCUCUUUCAGUCCCACCUACUUUUCUGCAAGUUCGCCACAGUAGAGCCGGCAUAUUACACAUUAGAAGCCCACGAACUCCCGAAAAAAGAGCAAAUUUUAACGAAAGAUUUGGAAAAAGUAAUGUCACAAGACGUGAUAACUCCCAAACAUGAUGACACGGACCGUAACAGUGACUCCGGAAUCAGCUCGAGUGAUAUCGAUGAGGCCAAGGUUGAAAAAGCAAGGAAAAAUUGA